AUGGAAGACUGCCCGCUGCCAGACCUUAGAGACAUCGAGCUGAAGCUGGGACGCAAAGUCCCCGAGAGCCUGGUGCGCUCGCUCCGCGGGGAGGAGCCGGUUCCCUGGGAAAAAGACAGGGACCCCUGCGGGGGGAGCUGCAGCGAGGGCGGCGGCGGCUGCAGCACCAGUAACAGCAGUAGCUGCAGCUUCCCUGUCUCCUUGUCCUCGUCCUCCUCGUCCUCCCCAACCUCUGGCUCCCCGCGACGUGGCCACUCCAGCACCUUGGAAAGGCUGGAAACCAAGCUGCACCUCCUCAAGCAAGAGAUGGUUAAUCUUAGAGCCACAGAUGUCAGGCUCAUGCGCCAGUUGCUUGUGAUCAAUGACAGCAUCGAGUCCUUUAAGUGGAUGAUUGAGGAAAAAGCCACCAUGACCAGCCGAGGCAGCAGUCUCAGCGGGAGCCUGUGUAGUUUACUUGAGAGUCAAGACACCUCUUUACACGGCAGCUACAACAGCCUGCACGAUGGCAGUGAUGGGCUGGACGGCAUCUCUGUGGGGAGCUAUCUGGACACUUUGGUUGAUGAUGUCCCAGGCCAUCAGACCCCCUCUGACUUGGACCAAUUCAGCGACAGCUCCAUAAUCGAGGACUCGCAGGCACUGCACAAGCACCCCAAAUUGGCAUCUGAGUACUACUGCUUUGGCUAACUACCCAGUUUUCUGCAUGAGACUGGUGUGCAAAUAACUUAUGUUUAUCUUUCUUCUCCACUGCUGUAUUUUUAGUGUGAAUUUUUUUUAAUGAGACACCUUUUUGAAAGAAGCUUAUUUUGAAAUUGCUUGCUGCUGUUUUUGUUGCUCCUAAUAUUUCUCAUCUGGACUGAUUUUUCUCUUACACUUCUAUUUUUAUUUAUUGUCAUGAUUUUUUCUCCCCCCUUUUUAAAAUGGCACAAAGCAGGGGAGAAAAGAAGCAAUAAUUAUGGUUUUCUGAACAAGGGGUCAGGGAUUACAAAAAAUCUUUGCUAAAUUUUACAAUAAACCAAAGUCCCAUAA